AUGCCAAAACCAAAGGGAAAAGGAGGAAAGAACCGAAGAAGGGGAAAAGGAGACGGCGAAGAAUCCAAACGCGAAUUGGAAUUCAAGGAAGACGGUCAAGAAUAUGCCCAAGUGGUCCGAAUGCUGGGAAAUGGCCGCUGCGAAUGCUUCUGCUUUGAUGGUGUGACGCGACUUGGUCACAUUCGGGGAAAGAUGCGCAAAAAGGUUUGGAUCACGGCCGGAGAUAUCAUUCUGGUGGCCAAACGUGACUUUCAAGACGAAAAGGUCGACAUUGUGCACAAGUACACGGCAGACGAGGCACGGAACCUCAAACAAUAUGGAGAAUUGCCCGAAAAUGCAAGAAUCAAUGAAACGGCCGUCGAUAUGGCAAUGGCCGAUGACAAUGACGACGAUGACAUUGGUAUUGCGUUUGAUGAUAUCUAA